GUCUGUAGAUGGAGGUUGGUUGAACCGUAGGCGGAAGUGAUACUCGACACAGCGCUCGGUCAACUUCCCUUCUCUUCCUCACGCGACAGCCAUCAUGCCGCCUAAAAAGGAUACAAAGAGUUCGUCCAAGCAACCUCAGAAAACCCAGAAGAAGAAGGAGGGUGGAUCUGGUGGAAAAGCUAAAAAGAAGAAGUGGUCAAAAGGAAAAGUACGUGACAAGUUAAACAAUCAAGUUCUUUUUGAUAAGCCUACAUAUGAGAAACUAUUGAAGGAAGUACCGCAGUACAAGCUAAUCACACCUUCGAUUGUUAGUGAGAGGUUAAAGAUCAGAGGAUCUCUUGCCAGACGAGCGUUGAUAGAGCUUCAACAGAAGGGCUUGAUCAAGCAAGUCGUGCAACAUCAUGCACAACUUAUCUAUACACGUACUACUAAGGGAGACGAUCCAGCAGUGUAAUAUGUAUAAACUGGUUUAAUAAAAAAGUCAAAACCAAAAUCA